AUGGAUUCCGAUGACUCAUCCGGAUCUUCUAACGGGUCUGCCGAUUACGAAGAGCGUGUACAGAAUGUGCUUCUUCGAGCCGCCGAACUAAUUAGACGACAGAUUGACGAACAACCUGCGCCAGUCAUUAGAAGAAGGGUACCAGUUGAUCGUGAUCGUAUUGAAGCACACGCUCGUUUGAUGCGUGACUAUUUUGCUAAAGAACAGCGAUAUCCAGCCAGACUUUUUAGACGAAGGUUUCGUAUGUCAAAAAAUUUAUUUGAGCGGAUAGUCGGUGAUUUGGAGGCUCGGUACCCAUAUUUUCAGAUGAGAUAUGACCGUGCUGGGCGCAGAGGGUUUGCCGGGGUACAAAAGUGUACAUCUGCAAUUCGUCAAUUGGCAUAUGGCGUUAACAGUGAUUUCCUUGACGAGUAUUUGCAGAUGUCUAAGCGAACAUCAAGGGAAUCUUGUCUAAAUUUUUGUGUUGGUAUACGGGAAAUUUAUGGAGCAAGAUACCUACGGAGACCGACUCCGUCUGAUCUUCAGCGUAUAUACGAUGUUCAUGAACAAGUUGUUGGUUUUCCCGGUAUGAUCGGUAGUAUAGAUUGUAUGCAUUGGCCAUGGGAGAUGUGUCCGGCGGCGUGGCGAGCUUCGUUUUGGGCAAACAGAAACUUUUACGAGAAGGGCUACUAUUUGGGCGACGACAUCUAUCCGGAAUAUGCUACAUUUGUGAAGACCUUUUCCGACCCGAUCGAUGAAAAAAGAAGACAUUUUAAGAAGAAACAAGAGUCGGCACGAAAGGGUAUUGAGCGGGCUUUCGGUGUGCUUAAAAAACGAUGGAAGGUGUUAAAACAUCCGACACUAUAUUUGGACAAAAGAAAUAUCCAAGAUGUUUGUUAUGCUUGUAUCAUUUUACAUAACAUGAUCCCGGAGGACGAAAACAAGGCCGUAUGCCAGGACUACAACGCCCAAGAACCGAGUCUCAAUCCAGAUUAUUGGAGCCGCAUAACUCCAAUGGAAGUUCGUAUCCAAAAUCUGCAUGCCGUAAAAAACCGUGAAACCCACAACAUGCUAACGGCAGAUUUGGUUGACCAUCUUUGGGCGAACACACCACAUGACUUCGAGCCUGCAGCCGAUCCCUUCGCCGAUCUUCGAGAGUAUGUUAGCACCGACGACGACGACUCCGAUUAG